AGUAGUUAUUUGUUUCUAGGGAAGCUUUUGAGUGUGACACUCUUUGCGCCUGCGUAUUCCUCCCGUGCAGUUAGCCACCUUCGGAUACAUCAGUGAACUUGUGUCCUAAAACCUAAAAAAAUAUAUACGCGGCUGAAAAUGUGUUUUGGGUUUAAAAGUAUGUGACAGAAGAGAGGAUGGACAGAGAUUUGUUGAGGCAGUGCCUCGUGUAUCAUGGAGAGUCACUGUUCAGUAAACUUAAAUGUGAACAAACCGAAAAUCCAGAUUUCCAAGCUGUGGUAUCGGACCUAGGCAUAGCUACAAAUGAAAGGAAGGUGACAGAGAAAGGCAGCUCACUGGUGGAGCAAUUCAUUGCCAGAAAAGCUGACAUUCUGUUUAGCCCUGCAUGGAGGACCGCCACCCCUCAAGAACAGGAUCACGAGGAAGAGGAGGCUGCAGAGCCCUAUGCCACCAUGCCACCACUGGAGUUAUUCAUGGAAUUGUCAUUUGAGGAGAGAAGAUCCAUGAUCUACAGGGACCUGGAGAAAGGAGACGUAGUGGUUGGAAGGAUCAACAACAUUCGAGAAUACGGCUUCUUUCUCACUCUGAUCUGCAUGGCCGGGGGUCUAAAGAGAGACAUCGUGGACUUGGAGCUGUCGGCUCUUUGCCACGUGAGAGAAAUUCCCUCCAGUGGCAGCCAUGACGAUCCGUUGUCCUAUUAUCAGAUUGGAGACUUCAUCAGAGCUGGAGUGAAAGACAUCGAUCGCUACCAGGAAAAAAUCACUGUGUCACUUCAACAGGGCUCUCUCUGCCCUGCCUUGAAGCACAUCAAACUGGGUGUUAUUACCCAAGAAGAGAUGCCUAUACACUACAGUCGGAGUGUUCGUGCUGCUGCGGACUCCAGAGAAACAUAUGAAUGUAUUUUGAAAAGUUGCCAUGGUUACCAGAACCCCUCUGUAGUGGAAUACCUGCUGGAGAAAGUAGGCAUUAGCGACAGGCAUCCACCUUCAAUGAUGCGAGGACUGCAAAGUAAACUUUUUCAAGAGGACGAUUUUGCUUCUGCAAUCAGGAAGAAGCAGUCUGCAUCCUGGGCUUUAAAGUGUGUUCGAGCAGGCGUGGACCACUUCAAACAUGGCCGUCAUGUCGAGGCCAUGAAUGAAUACAACAAAGCCUUGGAAAUUGACACGAGCAAUGUGGAAGCGCUAGUGGCAAGAGGAGCUCUGUAUGCAAACAAAGGCAGCAUCCUGAAGGCGAUAUCAGACUUUGAACUGGCUCUGGAAAACUGUCCAGAUCACCGCAACGCCAGGAAGUACCUCUGCCAGACGCUGGUGGAGAGAGGAAAACAGCUCGAAGAACAAGAAAAACUGGUGACAGCGGAGGGAAUCUAUCGGAGAGCGCUGUCCCUGGACGACUCAAACCCUGAGGCGAAGGAGGCUCUGCAUAACAUCAGCGACCUGAUACAGAAAUCGAUCCGCCUGCGAGAAGAAGCACUCGCUAAGGAACAGGUCAAACCUAAGAGCAGCCAGACCAGCGCUGAGAAAUUGCGUAAGAUCUUAAAAGAGGAGAAGAGAAUGAAGAAGAAGAAGAAGCGGGCGACCUCUUCCUCCCCGUCCUCUUCCUCUUCUAGAUGCUCCUCCUCACGCUCGUCCUCGUCGCGUAAGAGGUCCAAGAAGAAAAAAAAGAGGCGAAGAAAGUCGGAGCGCGGAAGCAAGCGACACCGCAGGAUCUCCUCCAGGGAAAGCAGGAAGAGCGAGGAGGACAGGAAGGAGAAGGAGGACGAGGAAGCGGAGUGCUACCCCGAGCCCCCCAACACUUCCGCCACUUUUCUUAACCAGACAGGUGGGCUGAUGUUCGGAGGGGAGGACGAGGUAGCGGGGAGGGACAGAGAAGCUAGAAAGGGUGGUCUGUUGAAUUCCGUCUCCGCAGCUUCAGAGGAGGACGACUCUGACUCCUCACGCAGAGAAACCAAAAGAAGGGAUGGAGCGGAGAGGAGGACGAGGACAGACGAGCAGAGCAGAAGCCCACAGGGGAGAGGGAGGAGCAGAGAAAGGAAAUUAAGCAUAGAAAGAGGGAGGGACGAUUACAGGAAAGACAGCGAAUCACAGAGGAGAAGCAGCUUUGAGGAAAAUCAAGCACGGAAGUCAUCCAGCUCAUCAGCCGAGGUGGAGCACUCCCGCAAAUCCAGUUUCCUACCGGAAUAUUCUGGAAACUCGUGCUCCGCUUCCAAACAGUUGGAAAGAAGAAUGAGCCAGGACUCGUCCUCGAGAAACUCCUUCGACGGCGGUAGGUACGAGAACAGAGGGAAGAAAGAAGAAGAGCCGGUAAAAAGAGAGAAGGAAGCUGGAAAGGAAAGAUCAGAGGUCGAGGGCCACACGUCGGGUUGGGGGAAGGUCAACGCCGGCAGUCAGAACGGACAGAGUGGGACGGGGCCAAAAAAAGAGCUCCCCGCAAACCUGCUGGAGAUCUUUAACCAGAUCGCACAGUUUGAGAAAAAAAAAGGGAGUCAAGCCAAAGUUCCAAAAUAAAAGCAAGCGUUACAGAAACCUUUGCGCUGUUGUCAGGACAAAUCGCCAAAUCAGUCCAUGUCUCCAUUUGUUGUCAUCCACAGUGUUGGGUUAGAUACAUUUUCUUUAAACAUGGGAAAUUCCUGAGAAGUUUAUUAAAAAAUGUCAAAGCCUGCAGCUUUUUUUUUUACCUGAAAUGACAUUCAAUCCCAUCGCUUCCGAAUGAAUUGAAAUGCAAGGACAUUAUUAGAAGAAAUAAAGCUCAUGAAGCCCUUUUACAAGUCUGAAAUCACACGCACGUUAUCGUUUACAAAAGCUGGCCCCAGUCUUUGGAACAAGUAGUCUUAAAGAAACCUGCCUUUUUUUUCUGUGUGCCAUGAUGUGGAGUCUCUCUGGUUUGUUAAAAUAUCUUCAGCAUCUCAGCUUUGCAGAUCAGGUUAGCACGGUGUAAAUAUCCAGCUGUAGUGAUUUCCUGUGAGAUUGCCUAAUAAACCAUUUUGGAAACUCUA